UUCUUGUUACCUCCGGAAACCGGAGAAGCCAGAGCGGACCAGAAGGAAACCUUAUUUUCUUCGGUAAAUAUUAAACAACUCUUCCCUAUUCUUUGAAUUUUCCUCUCCGAAAGAGCCAUUUGUGCACAUCAUUAUUGCAAGAGCUUUCUUUCAUUGCAAGUCUGUUUCCUCUGUUCUGUCUUUCACAUUGUAAAGCCAUUGUCUCUGCUCCUCUACACGGGACCACUGUGAAAAUGACCUUGCAGUAUAUCAAGGAUCAAAAAGGUAAGGAUCAGCUGCUUUAUAAAGGCUACCUGUAUAAGAAAGUGCGUGCAAGCAGGAACAAAACAUUUUGGAAGUGUGCUGAAUACCACAAAUACUGUUGUAAAGGGCGGGCUCAUACGAGCCAUGACCAAGUUAUAAAGUAUUUGCCACAUCUUCAUCCUCCCACCAGGACACUGAUAGAACCUGACCAAGUGCCUUAUGGCGCGAAAGAAAUUACCGUGGGCCCAGAAUCGAUCCCUAAAGCGACCACAGCAAGUUGUGGUGCAUUGCCAGAAGUCGGUACCAAGAAAUGGUAUACGGACCAUCCAAGCCAGACAAUUCAGCGCUUGAGAGCAUGUCUGAAGGCAACCCGCCAACCUUCACCUGAUUUACAGGCAUCAGUCACUGUUGUUGAAACAACUCUUAAAGAGCCAGCUGCAUCAUCAGUUCUCACAUCUCCUGGCUUUCCUAAGUUCACAGACAGCACUAUGGACAGAACUUUCAUGCCAAACCUUUGCAAAAAGAAACAUGCAUUGGACUCAGCUUCAACCCAGGCUGAUCAGGAAGCUGGCCGACAGCAGUUCCGCUUGCCCACCCGCCUGCCUGGAGAAACUCUCCAGGAGAUUCUGUCCCGGCUGAGCACGGCAGCUCUGCAGUGGCUGUGUCCUCAGGAGCACAGCAAGGACCAGAUUGUGGACAAGGUUAUCCUGGAACAGUUCCUCAGUGUGCUCCCAGUGGACCUGCAGACAAGGCUGAAAGCCCAGGAGCCAGGCAGCAGCAAGGAGGCCCUUCAGCUGGCCACGGCCUAUCAUGAACAGGAACCUGCCAGGCCUAUUCAGGAUCUGAUAACCUUUGAAGACGUAUCUGUUCGUUUCACUGAGGAAGAAUGGGCUCUACUGGGCCAUAAGGAAAAAAACCUUUACUGGAAUGUCAUGCAUCAGAAUUAUGAUAAUGUGUCCUGGCUGGCAGGGGAUCAGAUCAAAGGUGAAAGCCAAGAGGAAGACCUUUUGCAGGAAGUCUUUGAUCCAGCAGUGGAGUGGCUGGAAAAAUCCAAGGAGACAAUUUUACAAUGUCCUGAACAAGACUUGAAGAAGAUCUGUCCAAAGAACCAGCAAAAGGGAAGCUCAGAGAGAGAAGAAAUGUUCGUUCACUCUAAAAAAAAUGGGAGAGGACCAGGCAGGGAGACCAUUCCUCUAGGCACGGAAGUAGGGCUGCAGAGUCAAUGCAGACAUAUUGAUUAUGAAGAAUGUGGUGCAUCUGCAAUACCUCUCAAUGGUCAGAAAAACGUGAACGAGGAAGAUCUUCCAGGCUCAUAUGAAAUACCCAGUAAGACAAAUCCCCAGAAUCUUAAGCAAAAUUUAAUCAGGGAGGAUCAGAAUGAUGCAGAGAGGCAACAGCCAGAAGAUGAGAAGUCCACUCUUUUUAGGAGCCAUUGGAGGAACCCAGCCCAUCAUGAAACUAGAACAAGUCAGGAUGCUAUGCGCACCACCAUUGACGAUACGGAACAAGCUGAGCCAUUAAUGCUUGACAGUAAUCUAAAACUCAGCAAUGGGGGAGAUUUGAAAUAUGUGGAUAAGUCACUGGAAAUUGUGGAAAGAAUUUCUCAAAGUCCUGAUCCUGAUCUAAUGCUCAUUUGCUCAAAAACGUGUGCUGCUGAGUUGAAUGGGACUGCAGGUUUGACCAGUGAAAACCAGAACAUUCUGGAAAGUUGCCAGCCUAAUAGCUCAGAGAAUGGAGGAGGGCUAGAGAAACUUAGUUCUUUUGGAAGUGUUUCACAGGAACCGGAAACACACAUUCUUCAUUCAGAUGUUCCACGAGGCUCAGAGGCCCAGUACAGACACACCAAUCAUGGUAAUGGAGACACCUCCAAAAUCAGCCUUGGGAAUCAGUUGAUUACAUGCUCUAAGUGUAAACAUUCAGAUCCUUUCAGACCGUAUGUCUGCCCCAAUCCUGGGGAAAGCAUCAGUAGCCUUUCGGCAUUAAUAAAACAGAGAAGGGUUGACAGGAAAUGUUUCAGUGGGAGAAAUCUGAACCUCAAAUCUGGAGCACAUCGUAGAAGUCACACAAGAAAUAAUCUCAAGAAAAGCUUGAAUAGGGACAACUGGUGGUACUGUAAACAGAACAGAAGCUGGCUUCUUGAAUCAGGAAUUGGUCUAAAGCAAUCCCCAAAGUUUGACCCUGUCACACUCAACACCCAAACUGGUGAAGCAUUGUACCUGGCUACGGAAAUCAUAAGGAGGUUUUCUGCAGCUGGGUUUUCUUCUUCAAGUUCCCCCCAAACGGAACAACAGGAGAGAACUUUUUCUCUUCCCUUUCUAGACAGAAUGGCUACUGAGCCCACCUUAAGCCAGUUAAUGACUAUGCUGCAGCAGGCAGCUGCUAAUAUUGCAGAAAUCAAAGCAGCGGUCUCAAGCUUGCGUGCCACUGUAAAUGAUCUCCAGAAUGACCUCAGGAACUUCUCUAGAUGUACAGUGGAAGCUGAAGGUGGGAUUUCUGAUUUGGAAGCUCAGCUUGUGCAGCCUCGUAAUGAUGUUAAAGCCACUGAAGUGAAGCAGGUGGGAGGAGCCAUCCAGACCAACGUUAGAGCUGGAUUGUGGUCAUCACUGAAAGUUGAAAGAGGUGCAAACUCUCCAGAUUGGUCCCCCAACUCAUGAAUCAGGUGGUUUUGUUUUGGCUUGGAGACAGGAUUAAAUUCCCAAACUGGCAGAAUAUAGAAUUAUAGAGUUGGAAGGAGCCAUUUCUGGAAGUAACACUCAUUUAUAGUAGCAUUCCUAGAAAACUUUUGAAAACUACAAAAUGAAGCAGUGGUGAUCAUAGGAAAAAUAAAAUGUUACGAGGCUGAGGGUGGAAAAAAGAGGUUUAAAGCAGUUUGCUGUAAUCCCCAUAUCCAGAAGAGAAUGAGAAGGCCUCUUACUGGUCUUCUAUCACCAAAAGCAUAAUAUGGUGAGCAAUAGCUUGCAGAAAAUCUUUCCCUCUGGGAAAGUAGAGAGAAGCAAAAUAGUGGUUGAGAAGGCUGACCUUUUUUAGAAGGGAAGAAAGGAACAGGAAGCUCAUUAAAUAUGAAUUACAUAUUGUGAGGGAAUUGCCUGCCUUCUUAGCUUACCCAGUGUAAGUUUCUUUUAAGCACAAUAUUCUUGCAGCUUAUGUGGUAACCAAAAUGCUUUUGAAAGUAGGAUACUCUCUCUGCACAUGCGUACGCACAGGUACAUAGUUUUGAGUGUGGAGUUCUAUGCACCCUUACUUGUGAAUGAGCAUCAGGCUUACUGGGACUAUUUUUCUUGUAAACAUGCAUUAUUCAAUUUUUAAAUUCCAACAGAAAAUAAAAAAAAAGAGGCUCAGUGAUUUUGGGGGGCAGGAGGGAGAAACACUUCAGUUUCUCCACUGGAGACCUAAUCCCCCAGCUUCUCCAUCUCAGACGUUUUACCAUAUAUUAUCAAGACUCCCCUGAGCUGAUAAUCAAUAAUCAAUUCCUGAUUAUAGCAAUGUGCUUUUCUUGGGAAGAGUACAAUGUGGUUUGCUCCUGCCUCCUUCUGUGAUAUUUGUUCAUCUUCCCAGCCUCAAUUAGAGCCCUGCAAUUGUUGGUAGUCUUCCAUCCAAGCACCACCAGCCAAAUGCUACCAUCUAACUAAAAGGAAACCGUAUGGGCUAACUUGGGGCGUAGCCCAAUUCCAGCAGUGUUCGGGCAAGUCCACCUGUUUAUGGGAAUCUUACAAGCAGGCCAAGGCUUAAAGGAAAGAGUCCUCUCUCAGAAUUUGUCUCUGUGACUUGAUAGACAGAAACUGCCUUGGACCACAAUGGUUCCAUUUAGGAAACAGGUCUUUAUUAGCAGUGUUUCUCAAACUUGGCCACUUUAAGAU